AUGGCGUCCCCAACAGUUCACAUCUUAGGAGACGACCCAAAUACCACCCAUUGUCUGAAUGCAUGCGCCUACCAGCAGUCCGCCAUCACCACAUUCAGCGGAUGGCAGUACGCAGCCUUCUACACAUCUCGACCACAAUCUGCCGCACGGCGUGUUACCCUUGCUCGACGGCCCAUCCUCAGUCCCUCCUGGCAAUAUCUCAUAUUCGAAGACUACGAACAAACCACGGACGAUGGGCAUAAUACGAUCUCUAUCGGAAUCUGCGCUGGAGACGCGACAAUCCACGUAUCAUUCGACCACCACUGCGAUCUACUCAAAUAUCGAAUUUCUCGACCCGGUCUCGCCACCGACACAGAUGAAUCGAGCUGGAUAGCAAGCAGUUUCAGUUCCAUCCAGAACCACCUCCCAGGUCAAGGGCCCAGCUCUUUGAAAGAUGUCACGUAUCCCCGUUUCCUUCCAGCCGAGAAGGAUUUGUAUUUUGAAUGUCGGAUUGGAAAAGCCGGGGCUGGUUCGGACAUACUACACCGUUACAGCCACCAGACUGCAAAAUUCACCCCCCUCGGUGCCUACUUGAUAGGCCGUAGGUGCAAUCCAUACCCGAAUGGGGUGUCAUUUCACCCAGAAAGCAAAACUCUCCAUGUCACCUGGACGAACCGCCAUUUCAUCGAUUAUGAAGGUGCAGAGGAUCAAGAAUCUACAGCACAUAAAGCACAAGCUGGACCAAACGGGCCAGAGAACAAUGAGGGUCUCUAUCACUCGUAUAGUCCUGAUCACGGAAUUACCUGGGUCAAUUCAAGUGGGGAGUUGGUGACAUCGCUGUCCACCGACGAUGCAACCGGUUUGGAUUCUCAGGAUACUAGACUCCGAGUAAAGGACAUUCCGCGAGAUAGCGGGAUCAUGAAUCAAGAAGCUCAGUAUGUGGAUGUCUGUGGCGGUGUUCACGUCCUAAACCGCGAGAACACCAGUGGCCAGGAGAAGUGGGUCCAUUAUUAUCGUCAGCCAGGGAUGGGCGGAUGGUCAUUCUAUGACAUCCCGGGUGUCUUUCCGACUUGUACAGGACAUAGAGGGAAGAUGGUUCAUUGUGGACGGACGAAUGCGGUUUAUCUUGUCCUUCCGUCGAAUACGGCGCAUGAGUUGAUUAUCGCUCGAGUCAAAGGAGACAUGCAGUCCUCGGAGCGAGAUUUUGAGAUUCUGUGGAGAGAAGAAGGGUACGUGGGAGAGCCCUUACUAGAUGAGGAAGCUUUUCUGCAGGUUGGGAUAUUGUCUAUAUUCAUCUUGCUGGAGAAAGUCCCCGAGGAGAGAAAACUUGCCGUUUUGCAGUUUAACGUGGAUGAUCUAGCUAGAUUGUAA